GUAUAUUUAUUCAGACAGACGGGCAAUUAUAAAGUGAGAUUCACCGCAGCAGGUGUGACCACAGGUGUGUGUGUGUGUGUUUUACUUCAAGAGUUUAAAUAGCCAACCACAACCACACACAGUCCUUUAAACCACAAGGUUACCAGAAGACCAGGAAGGUGACACCAUCAGGACCGUGAGAGACAACAUGAUGAAGAUCAAACUGCUUCUGCUGAUCUGGACUGCAUCUGUGAACAGCCUGCCGUGGCAGGCCUCUCCCCUGUCUGGCGUCAGCCCCUGGGGUAUAGGAGAGGGUGAAGAGAGAGGAGAGGACCCAGACAGCAGCUCAGCCCGGAUUGGCCAGGACAGUAGAAAAGGGCGGGGUCUCGCCUUAGAAGGGUUUCCGGUAGUCACGCCUACCACAUUCCCUCAACCAACCAGAGUACAGGACAGUGACCCCUCUCCCAGACCUGCUUACGUGAGGAGGGGGCGGAGUCUCAAGGUUGAUGACAUCGCCAGCGAUGACAUCACAGAGGAGCUGACAAUGUCCUAUAAAACUCUUCCUGGUUAUAGUGAGGCCCGGUUGCUAGGGGAGGAGUUUGGUGAUUAUGGGAUGCAGAGGGACUCACCCGGCAGUGAAUCGCAUACCGGGAAAGACCCGACAGAUCACAAUGACUCCUCCACAUCAAACGACUCUUCCAAAUCAAGCAAUUCUGUUGACUCUAACACCUCUAGUGAUUCAAGCGAUUCCUCCAAGUCAAGUGACUCUAGCGAUUCAAGUGACUCUAGCGAUUCAAGUGAUUCCAGCGACUCUAGCGAUUCAAGUGAUUCCAGCGACUCAAGCGAUUCCAGCGACUCAAGCGAUUCCAGCGACUCAAGUGAUUCCAGCGACUCAAGCGAUUCCAGCGACUCUAGCGACUCAAGCGAUUCUAGCGACUCAAGUGAUUCUAGCGACUCAAGCGAUUCUAGCGACUCAAGUGAUUCUAGUGAUUCUAGUGACUCAAGUGAUUCUAGCGACUCAAGCGAUUCUAGCGACUCAAGUGAUUCUAGCGACUCAAGUGAUUCUAGCGAUUCUAGCGACUCAAGCGAUUCUAGCGACUCAAGUGAUUCUAGCGACUCAAGUGAUUCUAGCGACUCAAGUGAUUCUAGCGACUCUAGCGAUUCUAGCGACUCUAGCGAUUCUAGUGAUUCUAGCGAUUCAAGUGAUUCUGGCAAUUCAAGUGACUCUAGUGAUUCAAGCAACUCAAGUGAUUCUAAGUGAUUCUAAAAGUUCAAGUGAAUCAAUCUCCAAAGACAAAUAACGGCAGUGACUCUAGUACCAGCUAGGCAGCGAGAGAGAGAGAGAGGAGAGGAGAGAGAGAGAACAAGACAGAGAGACAGAGACAGAGAGAGAGAGACAGAGAGAGAGAGAGAGAGACAGAGAGAGAGAGAGAGAGACAGAGAGAGAGAGA